CCCCUGAAUUUUCGGAGCUAGAUAUAAACAUCGAAACCUUCUAGGGUAUCAGUAGAAUAAGAUAUUUCAGGUAAAGGGAAGUGGCAACUUUUCUCAACCAGGAAAGUCAUGGAAUUCAAAGCUUUGCUUGGCAUUGCUCUAGUUUUAGCGCAUGCUUGCUGUGGAUCACGAAAAGAGCGCAUAAGAGCAGACUUCUACAACCUUAAAUCGGUAUCUAGACACGAAAAAGUACCCGAGAAUGUGAAAAUACAAGUGUUCAAUGAACUUCAGACUCAAAACUCAGGUGCUUAUGCGUACGCCAAGAGGUCUGGGAGCGCUACAAAAACGCAUAGAUGUGAUAUUGUGGACCAGCAAAUCCCAAGACAUCUCACUUUCAUAACGAGGUACAGGUUUUAUUCAAAGUAUACACAUGCGUAUGGGAUUCCAGUGGUAGCCUCCUCCGUGGUGUCUGAUGAAGCUGUUAAGCGAGCUUGCUACGUCGUUCGUUUCCUUUUUGCGGAUCGAAGCGACAUCAGAGAAAAUAUGUAUAAAUAUUACGGCAGAGUGGCAGUUAUUGGAAAGAACCAAGAAUUGACACGGAUCCCUGAGUUCAGCCAUCUACCUGCGUGGUGGAACCAACGUGCACGUGGUCUCGGAGGAACACUCCAUAUCCCAGUGUCUUGUGGAGGAGAGGAGAAUCUUCUGUGCCUAAGGCAGGACCGUUACUAUGGAGACGACAUUUUCUUUCAUGAAGCUGCACAUGCAGUUGCAGAGCUUGCAAUAAGAGGUGGCCCCAAUGGAGACUUGGAUGGUUUGUAUGCAAAGCUUCUACGAAGUUACAACAAUGCCAGACGCAAGGGACUCUGGAGAAGAACGUACUCAAUGGAUACAGUAAGAGAGUAUUUUGCAGAAGGGGCACAGAGCUUCUUCAACUGCCAUGUUUCAGUCGACCCUCCCAAUGGUAUUCACAACAGCAUUAGCACGAGAAGCAAGUUAAAAAACUAUGAUCCUGAACUGUAUCGAGUCCUGGAAGAAGUUUUCCCCUGUAAAAAUACCUAUCAUUGGUGCUACAAAGGAACACCACCGGACCCAGCCAUGGACUGCCCUGUAGGUGGGACUAGACCUAGUCCAAAACCAAGAUCAACAAAUACGCCAGUGACUCAAAAACCCACAGAACAGCCACCAGUACCAACAGGUUGUGAAGAUAAAGAAGGAAAUUGUAGAUAUUGGGCCAAUUCUGGUUACUGUACAGGAAAAUGGAAAAGUUAUAUGUCGACAAAUUGCAGAAAGAGCUGCAAUUUGUGUGGAUCAGGUGACAAAAAUAGAAAUUGUGGUGCAUGGGCUGGAGCUGGUUACUGUCGCUCAUCUGCAUACAUUGAUUACAUGAAGAAAAAUUGCUGCAAGAGUUGUCGUCAUUGCUAAAACAUAAAGACUGGUAUUAACGAGCCACCUUUAGUUAACAAGAGACAAGAUUUAUGGCGUAUUAGAAUACGCUGCCUAUCUCAUAUAGUGUAUCUUCCGUUUAUUAACGUUUACUGAAAUACCAAAUUAUAAUAGUUUCCUCUUUUAUUAUAUGCAAGGAUGUUAUGUUGG